AUGGCGGGAAGGGAUGAGGGGAAGAAAGGAGGAUGCUUUGCCCUGGCCUCACCUCAGCUCGGUGGGUGGGGGUGGGAGAAUCUCUCGCCGCCGCCGCCGCCUCCUCCUCCGCCACCUCCUCCUCCUCCCCAGCAGCGGCGGUCAGUGCCGGGCCGGCUGCGCGGCGCGGCUCCCUCGGCCGGUCCCCGCCUCCCCGCUGGCCCCGCUCCCUCCUCCCGCCGCCGGCCCGAGCCGCGCUCGCUGGGCUCUGAGCGGAGCCGGGCGCUGCCGCCGCGGCCGCCCCGCCACAGCCACGGGGGGAGGAGGCGGCAGCGCGCCUGCGCCGCCGGGCGCUGCCGCCGAGGGAGGGAGGGAUGGAUGGAUGGAGCCGCCGCCGCUGCCGGCGCCGCGGCCGGCCGUGAGUACGGAGCGGGCACGGCUGCGGCAGAAGCCCAAGACAAUGCAUCUUUCCAGUAACUCCUGUAAAAAUGCACAAGAGACUUUGAACUAAAACGUGGCCUGAAGAAAGUUAAUGAAGUUGUUAAUAGUCUGUGUCACAAAUGAGAGGAUUCUGGUUUUUUUCCUUCAGGCCUUGAUGAGUCAUGAAAAUGACAGAAAGCUAAUUUUUCUAACGGAGCAGGUUCUGUAAGUAAAAGAAGAGGAAAAAUCAAGAAAAAAACCAAAACACAGACAUCUGAUGACAAGAGCUACUACUGGUGGUGGCCAGUGUGUUGUAAGCUGGAAUUUUCUUGAAUCUAAAUUUUUGUUUUGGCCUAAUUUACAGUCCUCCUUGUUAAUUAACUUUUUUAGAAUGGUAAAACCCUUUUUGCUGCUAAAGGUCAUGUACUUCAACUAAGAAAUCAUUUCUCAUCUACAGAACAAUACAGCAACAUAAGAUUCAGGCGUUUUCCAUCCUGAAUAUAUUAAUGGAUCAUGAGCAAUAAGCCUGGAGCAUCUCACACCCCUGUGCCCUGUCCUCGUUAAAUAAUUCCUUUUUGUGCUUGUGGGUGUGAAUGAUCCCAGGAUUAUGCAUUUAUCCAGCACCAGGCUCAUCCACUGGAGCUUGGAGAUGGAUGGAGUUUCUCACAGAAGGAAAAUGACAUUUUUCAUUUUUCAUGGAACACCAAAAACCCACGUGGACCUGAUCAUUGUGAGAGAAGCAUGAGGAAAAAGCUCCUUGUAAAACAAUUAGAUAAACACCUUGAUUUCAGUCUCAGAAAUGCUGUGGAAUUUUCAGUUGAAUCAUGCAGCUUUAUUGCUUCUGAAAAUGGUUGCACCUCUUGGUCAAUCGGGUCAGGUGCUACCUGAGGGCUCACAGCCCUUCCAUAAAGCACACCUCAAAUGGGCACUGCAGGAAUAUUGACAUUUUCACAUCAUUCUUCCUGUUUGGAUAACAGCUGAAUGAGCUGCCCCUCAAAAAAAAAAAAAAAAGAGAAAGAAAACAAAAAAUGCUUUUUCAUUAAAUUGGUGAAGCUGCUCAGAAAUAUUGAAGGGACACAGCAAAGCAGAGUGGUCACAGGACUUGCAAUAAUGUGUUGUGGGAGAAAAAUGCAACCAUUAUCCUAAUUGAGGAAUUCUCUGAUAAGAAACUAGGAUCCAUUACACUUCCCAAUUUCUUCAUGCAAACUACAUAAAAUAAUUUAUAAAACCUGAGUGCUUUCCGUAGCAGAAUUUUGGCAGCUUAAAGCAAAACGUGUUGCUAUGACAGUUCCUACAAAUCUUUUAGCUUUGUUUUGUGUUAUAAAUAUGUCAAAAUUAAGCCAAUUCUGUCCAAACAAAAAUUUUCCAGGCUUUUUAAAAAUACUUAUUUGCCAAAGUCAAGUUGAAGGCUAAUUUCAAAUGCUGUAACUUAGAUCUGCAUAACCAUAAACCCACAAGGACAUAGCUUCAGUCUUAUAAAUAAGUAAUGUCAUUAGAUACAGUAUUCUUAGUUUAAUUGACUCCGUUUGCUACUCUGUAUAACAGCGAUUAAAAAAUAAAAUUUAACAUUGGUAAAACCUUUUCUAGUGGUUUCUGAACUGGAAGUCAAUAAGCACAAGCCAUUGCCAGAAAAUGUUGGGUUUGGGGCUUGUUUCAGUAGUAAAAUGCUGA